UGUAUUGUAGUCGUGACAGUAAGAUCUCUUUCUUUCGGUUUAUAUUUUCGUCCUCACUCCUCUCCCCUUCCUCUUCCCGCCACUACGAUCUCUCUUCCCUCUCAAUUUAACCUAACCCUAGUCUCAAAUCUCGAUUCCAGAUCUGCUGAAACUCCAUGGAAGUAUUCAACCUUGCUCUCUUCCCCUAACUCUAAUUAUUGAAAACCCUAACGAACCCUCACUGAAACCCUAGUUAAAGAUGCCAUCACUAAGUUAUCACGGAAAGAUUGUUAGAUUGGAGUUAGAAAACUUCAAAUCAUAUAAAGGAUUGCAAGUAAUUGGUCCUUUUUAUGAUUUUACAGCAAUAAUAGGUCCAAAUGGAGCAGGGAAAUCGAAUCUAAUGGAUGCUAUUAGUUUUGUACUUGGUGUGAAAUCUGCUCACUUACGUGGUGCUCAAUUGAAAGAUCUGAUUUAUGCAUUUGACGAUAAAGAAAAAGAACAGAAGAAUAGAAAAGCUUUUGUAAAACUCGUCUAUCAAUUGAGUAACGGAGUUGAACUUCAAUUUAGAAGAACUAUUACUAGUGCUGGUGGUGCUGAAUAUAGACUUGAUGAGAAAGUUGUUACUUGGGAUGAGUAUAAUAAUAAGUUAAAAUCUCUUGGGAUUCUAGUUAAAGCAAGAAAUUUCCUUGUUUUUCAGGGCGAUGUGGAGUCAAUUGCAUCAAAGAAUCCAAAAGAAUUAACAGGGCUUUUGGAACAUAUCUCUGGUUCGGAUGAGCUUAAGAAAGAAUAUGAGGCUCUGGAGGAACAAAAGGGCAGAGCUGAAGAAAAAUCAGCACUUGUCUAUAAUAAGAAACGGACAGUUGUUAUGGAAAGGAAGCAGAAAAAGGAACAGAAAGAAGAGGCUGAAAAACAUAACCGCCUACAAGAUCAACUGAAAGCUUUGAAGAAGGAUCACUUUUUAUGGCAAUUACUUAAUAUUGAAAGGGAUACAGAGAAGACAAAAGCCGAACUCGAAGAAGAAAAGAAGAGCCUCGAAGAAAUUAUGAUGGACCAAGAGAAGUAUGAACUUGAAGAAACAAAAAAGGGGAAAGAACAAUCUGGACACUCAAAGGCGAUUACGCUAUGUGAAAGAAAGAUUGCCGAAAAAAAAGUUAAACUUGAUAAGACGCAACCCGAGCUUCUGAAGUCAAAGGAGGAAUUAUCUCGAAUCAGUUCAAAAAUAAAAAGUAGGAAGAAGGAACUAGAGAAAAAGAAAGAAGAACGGAGAAAGCAUGGAGAAGAAAUCAAAAGGCUAGAAAGCGACUUCCACCAGAUUUCAAAAAAACUAGACGACCUACAUGAAAAGAGUCAACAUGGGUCUGGGAAACUUCAGCUGGAGGAUAACAAAGUUCUGGAGUAUCACAGGAUUAAGGAGGAAGCUGGAAUGAAGACUGCAAAAUUGCGAGAAGAAAAAGAGGUUCAGGAUAGGCAACAGCACGCUGAUAUGGAAGCGCGGAAAAAUCAGGAAGAAAAUCUUCAACAGUUAAAAACCCGCGAGCAAGAGCUGGAGUCACAGGUGGAACAAAUGCAAGCAAGGCAGGAAAAGAUCGUGGAAUCCUUACGGAAGCACAAGGAAGAGCGUGCCAGUGUAAAAAAGGAUUUAAACAAGAUGCAAGAUGAACAUCGGGAAUCCAAGAAUAAAUAUGAAUCUUUGAAGGUAAAGAUUAGUGAAGUCGAAAAAAAGUUGCGUGAUCUAAAGGCCGAUAAGUACGAAAAUGAACGUGAUGUAAGAUUGUCUCAAGCAGUCGGGACUCUCAAGCGCCUUUUUCCUGGAGUCCAUGGUCGCAUAACUGAUCUCUGUAGACCUACCCAAGUCAAGUAUAACCUUGCUGUUACUGUUGCCAUGGGUAGAUUUAUGGAUGCUGUCGUGGUUGAGGAUGAACAUACAGGGAAAGAAUGUAUUAAGUACCUGAAGCAACAGCAGCUUCCCCCUCAGACUUUUAUACCUCUACAGUCAGUUCGUGUGAAACCAGUUAGUGAGAAGUUGAGAACUUUGGGCGGAACUGCAAAGCUGAUCUUUGAUGUUAUUCAAUUCGACCCAUCCUUGGAGAGGGCUAUAUUAUAUGCAGUGGGAAAUACUCUGGUUUGCGACAAGCUUGAAGAAGCAAAGGAUCUUAGCUGGAGCAGGGAGAGGUACAAGGUGGUGACCGUCGAUGGGAUUCUUCUAACCAAGUCAGGUACAAUGACUGGUGGGAUUAGUGGCGGGAUGGAGGCUAGGUCAAAGCAGUGGGAUGAUAAAGCAAUUGGAGAUAUCAAGAAAACCAAAGAACGGUAUGAGUUGGAGAUGGAAAGCCUUGGAUCUAUCAGAGAAAUGCAGAUGAAAGAGUCCGAGGCGUCUGGAAAAAUCUCUGGUCUUGAUAAGAAGAUCCAGUACUCAGAAAUCGAGAAGGUGAACAUUAAGGACAAGCUUGCAAAGCUCAAGCAGGAAAAGCUUAAUGUUAAAGAAGAAAUUAGUAGGAUUGAGCCUGAACUUCGAAAGUUGCAAAACCAAACUGAGAAAAGGAAGAAAGAGAUAGAGAAGCUUGAAAACAGGAUUAAUGUGAUUGUGGAUCGCAUUUAUGAUGAAUUUAGUAAAUCUGUGGGAGUGAACAAUAUCCGUGAAUAUGAAGAGAGUCAGCUCAAGCGUGCACAGCAAACAGCUGAAGAAAGGAUCAGCAUGAGUAACCAGAUGUCGAAGUUGAAGUCCCAAUUGGAGUAUGAGCAGAAGAGAGACAUGGACUCACGGAUCAGGGAGCUAGAAUCUAAUCUUGACUCUUUGGACAAAGAGCUAAAACGGAUUCAGACAAAAGAGGAGAAAGACAAACAAGGCACUGAGAAGUAUACCAGUGAGAUAGACCAAUUGAAUACAGAAGUUCAAGAGUUGAAGUCUCAGUUGGAUGUGUGUGAGAAGGCCAUGCAGAAAAUGAAGAAGCAACGGUCUAGCAUUUUGACAAGAAUAGGGGAAUCCAAAUCUCGGAUAAAUCUGAAGGAGACGCAGAUUGAACAAUUACAUUCACAGAGGCAAGAAAUAAUAGAAAAAUGUGAACUAGAGCAGAUAGAACUUCCUAUUGUGGAUGACCCAAUGGAAACAGGAUCGUCUAUGCAGUUACCUGUUUUUGACUAUAGCCAGCUAAGCAGAUCACAUCAGCAAGAGCCGCGCCCAUCGGAGAGGGAGAAGCUUGAUUUAGAAUUUAAACACAAAAUGGAUAACUUAGUCUCAGAAAUUGAACGAACAGCUCCCAAUUUAAAGGCACUGGACCAAUAUGUAGCUCUUCAAGAGAAGGAAAGAGAAGUGGUUGAAGAGUUUGAAGCUGCCAGGAAAGAAGAAAAGGAGAUCACUGAUAGGUACAAUGCUAUCAAACAAAGAAGGUAUGAGCUUUUUACAGAAGCUUUCAACCACAUCUCCAGUAACAUUGACAAGAUUUACAAGCAACUUACAAAAAGUAGCACACAUCAGCUUGGUGGAACUGCAUAUCUAAAUCUGGAAAAUGAGGACGAUCCUUUCUUAUAUGGCAUCAAGUACACAGCCAUGCCCCCAACAAAGCGUUUCCGUGACAUGGAACAACUCUCUGGUGGGGAGAAGACCGUCGCAGCACUUGCACUGCUUUUCUCUAUCCACAGCUACAAGCCUUCUCCAUUUUUCAUCUUGGACGAGGUUGAUGCUGCAUUGGAUAAUUUGAACGUUGCCAAGGUUGCUGGCUUCAUCAGGUCGAAAUCAUGCGAGAAUAGUGUUAGACGUAGUGAUAGUAGUAAUCAAGAGGACUCUGAAGGUGGGAAUGGAUUCCAGAGUAUUGUCAUCUCUCUCAAGGAUACCUUUUACGAUAAGGCCCAAGCAUUGGUUGGGGUUUACAGGGACUCCGAAAGAGGUUGCUCGAGGACGCUAACGUUCGACCUCACUAAAUAUCGAGAGUAGGUGACCCUGUCAUGUCUAGCUGACUAUAGCUUGGGUAAGUUUAAACUAGAGCCUGGCUGCUGCAAAGAAAAAGCUCAAUAACCGCUGUUAAUGUAUAUAGGGUUCAGUUAUGUUAUUAUUUGGUGUUUUCUGCUUCUUCUGAAGGAUUACUUGUGGAUCCCAUUUCUUACCAUUGUGUAAAAUCUUGCUAAUUCAUCUCUAGUACGUGUGCCCGACCUUCUUAACGGAUGAAAAGUCUUCGUGGUGUCUGAUUAGGUGAUUUCCAAUUAAGUAGGAAGAGGUAAUACAAAAGCCAGUAAUCAUUUUGUUAGUUAGGGAUUUAUAUUUAGAUUAGCCUAUUUUUGAAUCCCUUUCAA